AUGGUGUUUUCAAUACGAUCCUCAAACAAAGAGGCAGAGCGCCGAAAGGUGGUACCGAAGCUCUCCGGCGUCGAGAAAGCCACUACUUGCUUGUACCCCCGAAACAGCUGCUUGCAUCUCUGCAAUAAAGACUUGAUCAGCAAUGACUCCCGUUGCUGCCAAGGCUGGGACCAAAAAGACUGCUCAAAACGGCCACAAAAAGGCACGUACUGUUCUCCUGGUAGCAUCUGGCACGAGGAUGAUGGAUGCAUUGAAAUAUCCAAAGUUCGCUCUUGCAGCGACGUUGAAAAGCAGUCGUGCCGAUCAGACCAGUCCUGCUCCGUGAAAGACAAGUGCAUCGCUAAUGACUGUCACGAGAGAUUCAUGGAUUGCUCAGUGGCCCACGGUAAACAAGGCUGCUCCUGCCCAUGGAAACACCGGAUGACUGAUGUAUAUGGAGAGUCGUGCACACUACGUCAGUAUUAUUACACCGUCUCCUUCAAGCUCAACGCCACCCUUGAAUCUGAAAACUGCAGCGUGUACGCUCCUCGUGUAAAAGCUGUGAUGCGGACUGCUCUCGGUUAUCAGGUGCACGCGGUGGUGGUCGCAAAUUGCACCGACCACAUCAAGGCACGACUCAUACUCAAUGACCCACUGCCUAAGCCUCUGCAGAAGAAGCUUCAAGCGUGCGAGUACCCGAUUGGAAAUGUUUGCAUGCUCUAUCCGAGACUUCCAAUUUUAAAAGGCUCAGCAACAGAAAUCGAGGAAGAGAACCUCUGUGAAAGUUUGCUCAAACACCAAGAGGACGCUUACAACGGUAUAAAUGAGUGCGUCAAAGCCGGGGACUACUUUUGGUUCAAGUGCAAGCAGGGCUACCGGGAGGUGAAAACGAAAACAGUGGGUCGCCUGCGGCGCUCCGUUUGUGAAGUUGAUCCAGAGGCUCCGACACCCGCACCAGAUCCCUGUCUCGGUAUCGGGGCUGAAUUCUGUGGAGAUGUGCACUGCGUAUCGAAUAGCGACCACUCGGGUUUCGCCUGCAAAUGCGGCCCUGAUUUCUUCUUUAACGCGACCGAGAAGCGGUGCUAUAGUAAGUAG